UGUACCGGCCCAGUAACAUAAUAACUGCCAUCCGGUGCGGCGAAGCUUCAAGUUUUUCAUAUUAUUGAUUCCGUCGUGGACCACGCGUAAAAAUCCACUACGGGGACUGUGGUUGUGCUUGAAUUUAAUUUUGUCAUAAUACUGCAGCUGCAAGUGGCGGUCGCCAAAUGGCUCAUCGUCGAUUCCUGUCUUCCUGUUCAGUCACCAUGGUUGUUUUGCUACUGGCCCUGAUUGUCCCGCCGCUGACGGUAGCGUAUUCCAAUGAGUGCCAUCUGGUCCGUUCUCUCAGCAACGAGAUCGCCAGCUAUCGUCCCGUUGUCGACCGUGUACUCUCGUACGUCCGGGAUAAGCGUGGUUACAAGGGCAGGACAUGGGCCGCCCUGUCUGAGUUCACAGAUACGUUUGGCUCAAGGAUGGCUGGCACGCCCAACCUUGAGAAUUCAAUCGACUACAUGAUGAACACCCUGAGAGCUGAAAACUUGGACAAUGUGCACACCGAACGAGUCAUGUUCACGGGAUGGCAAAGACGUAAGGAGAACGCAGCGUUGGUGAGACCGAGAUUCAAAAACCUGGUGAUGUUGGGGUUGGGCGGUAGUGUCAGCACAGCUCCCGAAGGCAUUAGGGCUGAGGUAAUAGUGGUCACCUCGUUUGAUGACCUCUCCAAUAAAUCGUCACAGGUAAAUGGCAAAAUCGUCGUGUAUAAUCAACCGUACGUGUCUUACUCUGAAACUGUUACAUACAGAGCGAUUGGAGCGAGUGAGGCAUCCAAGUACGGUGCAGUGGCAACAUUGAUCAGAUCCAUCACUCCAUUUUCGUUAAACACACCACAUGCCGGCCAACAGAGUUACAGCGAUGGCGUAAAAAAGAUACCAACGGCCUGCAUCACGGUCGAGGACGCCGAACUUUUGUACAGGAUGUAUAACCGAGGUCAGAAAUUUGUAUACAGAUGUUUACUGUGGACAGCUGAAGAAGAAGGAUAUAUAGGGGCAUAUGCGUACUUAAAAGGACAUAAAUCAGAACUAAAAAAUUUUAAUUUGGUCAUUGAGUCAGACGAAGGGACGUUUAAACCGUAUGGAAUUGAGUUUCAUGGUUCUGAAACAUCAUCGUGCAUUAUGGCCGAAGUGGCCAAAUUGUUUGAUUCUAUCAAUGCCACUUCCAUGAAAUUCAGCAAAAACAACGUUGGUUCAGAUAUCGAGGUAUUUGAAAAUAUUAAUAUACCUGGUUUGAGUUUGUUAAAUAGAAAUGAAAAAUACUUUUGGUACCACCAUACAGAAGCCGAUACAAUGGCCGUUGAGGAUCCAGAUUCGUUAGACCUUAACACUGCAAUGUUUGCGAUUAUAUCGUACAUCAUCGCUGAUUUAUCUGUAGAAUUACCAAAAUCAUAAAUAUUGUAAAAUAUUUAUAUUACGUAUACUUGACGUGUAUAAAAUAUUAAAAUCAAUA